AUCAUGAAGUGGUUGGUUCUCCAGCUGCUGACACUCUACUGCCUGGUGAUCAUGCCAGUGACAGGAAAGUUUAAAGAGGCAGUUGAGGUUGUAACAGAGCCUCCAAUUUAUGUUGUACCAGACCAGAUUCUAUUAAGAUGUGUGACAUCCCCCAACGUGUAUGAUUGCAAGAACAAGUGCGGGUUUCACUCGGAUUGUAUUUUUGGCUAUGAAUGCUGCUAUUCCUCCUGUGGAAAAAUCUGCAUGAGAAUGCAAGAACCUGUGACCAGAACUAAGAAAAUUAACCCCAACAGCACGGUGGUGUCUACUGUUGUUCCCUUAACCACCAGUGAGAUGUCGACUACACUUGAAGGACAACACAUUAAUUCUACCUGAUGUCCAGUGGUACCAUCGUCUUGUUCCAGCUGGGAGGCGAGGCGAAGGAGGAGUUAGGGUCAUAGGGAAGUGUCCCUCCUCCUUGCCAACUCUGUUCCCUAAACCAUUAUAUUAUAUUAUCAGCCUCAAUUCCUUGACAAAUAAACUAUGGCAGUA